CUGUACCACCAACCUGCUGUAAAAAUGUCAGCGUCUGAUCGUCGGUGAAGCAAUUAAUGGCGAAUCUAUAGUCACGGAGAAUGUAAAUAAUGAUUAGUGUAACAGAAAAUUUGUGAAGAAAUAGUAUAAAAAUACGUUGCAAUUACUUUUUAAUUGAACAAACAUGGGUCGCCGUUCGAUAAAUACCACGAAAAGUGGGAAGUAUAUGAAUCCCACGGACCAAGCACGUAAGGAAGCACGUAAGAAGGAAUUAAAGAAAAAUAAAAAGCAAAGACAGUUAGUCAGAGCAGCUGUUUUAAAGGGUAAAGAUCCUGCUCAGAUCAUCGAAGAAAUGGAAAAAAUAGAUCAAAUGGAAUACAAUGUCAUGCAACCACCGCCUCUCAAUGAGAAAGUGUUGAAAGAUAAAAGGAAAAAGCUAAAGGAGACCCUAGAUCGUGUUUUAAAAAUGUAUGCAAAAGAUGAUCAAGAGAAAUGGUCUGAAUUAAAAGAACAAUUGAUACAAUAUGAACGUAGAAGAAUAGAUUUAGUUUCUUAUUUUGAAGCUGUGCGACAUGCACAACAAGUACAAGUCGAUGAAAUUCCUUUACCUUCUGCUGGUAAUGACAUAUCCAGAAUGUAUUCAGGUUCCUUGACAUCGCAAAUACCAUUGCCAGAUAUGCCGCAACCACCAGCACACAUGUAUCCCCCUCAUCCACAUUACAUACCACAUCACCCUCUUAUGAAUAUACCAAUACCGCCAAGCAUUUUGAAAAAAACAAGUGCAUAUGCAACAUCCCCCUCUAUACCUACAUUAGCACCUAAUAAAGAACCACCUGGUGUACCACCCUUUCCUCCCCCCGAUUUAUCGAGUGACGAUGAAGAUGUAUCGGAAAAGGUAAAAGAACCAACACCAAAAUCAAGGACAAUCCGAUUUGCGGAUGAUAAAGAAGACAAGCAAGAAUCAGAUAAUAAAGAGAAAGAAACGGAUAAAGAAAAGGAAAGGGACAUGUCGAAAGUAAAGCCAACUACUUUGCAGCAAAAAAUGUUGGCGAUGGCAGGACAAGAUAUCGAUCAAUUUAUGCGUGAAAUGGAAGUCGUCCAUAAAAAACGUGAAACUGAACGAGCUCAAGAUUUGAACGCUCGAUUAUCGUUGCUUGAGGCAGAAAAUGAUUCUAAUUCAAAAUCCAGUAAUAAAUCUAAUAAUAAUAAAGCAGAGGAAGAAGAUCUCGAACCCCCAGGAGCAUCAGACCACUCUUCCAAUCACAAUCAGCAUGCAUCAUCGCAUUCUCAUUCUCACACACAACCUCAUACAAUGCCUCCUAUGGGGCUGCCUCCACAUCCUUUAAUGUACAGACCACCACCACCACCAUUACAUUUGAGAAUGCCUCCUCCACCACCACCUCGCAUUGGACUUCGGUUGCCUCCUGGUCCACCACCAGGAAUGCCAAGGAUGUUAAGGCCUGGACCACCAAGCAUGCCUAGAAUGCCUCCACCACAAAUGCAAAUGCCAAAUCUAUCAAAUAUGACAAAUAUAGGAAAUCCUCAAAUGCAGACGCAAUCCGGAACAGGGUCACAGCCUAAGACACCCAAUGUUCUUUCUGCUGCGCCACAAUUGAUUAAUAGAAAAGACAAAGAUGGCAAAAGUACUACAACUAUCGAAGCAAAACCUCAAAUUAGAAAUUUAGCUGCCGAUGUUACAAGAUUUUUACCUACUUCGCUUCGCGUGAAAAGGGACGAUAAGAAGAAACCAAGUAUUUUGUCUAGACUUACAGAGAGAAUACCAGAAGCACAACCGUUACGAACUCCUCAACCUAAAACUAAAGAUGACGCAUAUAUGCAAUUUAUGCAAGAAAUGGAAGGAUUCUUACAAUUAGUACGAAUGCCAGGUAAGACUGCUUCCGAGUACAUAUACGAUGCUAGACCUUGGUGGGAUAGCACUACCGUAGAGGUUCCUUGUGUAGCGGCGACCCACCCUAAUUUUUUGCAGUACAACCAGCAAGGAGGCUUUCAAGGGUCACAACCCCCUCCUAAUCAGCAGAGCAAUUAUAAGUCAGGUGGUGCACCAAAUUCACAAUCAUUUAAGCCGCAAACACCGCAACAACCCCAAAUGCAACAAAUGGCACCAAGAAAUUUGCAGCAAGGGAAACCUCCACAGCAGCAACAGCAACCACCACCACCACAGCAGCAAAUGAAACAACAGCAAUCUGUACCAAGUUCACCUCAAAUUCAACCUCCUCCUCAGUCUCAACCUCCACCUUUACCUCUAUCUCAGCCUCAAAAUCAACCUCAAGCUCAGCUUCAGUCUCAAGCUCCACCUCAACCUCAACGAUUAAAGCCAAUUUUGAAACAAACUUCCCACACUCAGCAACAAGCAGCACCAGCUGUGCAAAGUACACCUACUCCACCUUCUCAACCGACAGUUCCUACUCCGUCGCUUCCUCCAACAACUAACAAUAUCCCUACACCACCAGUAACUAAUAAUACUACUGAAGCAAAAAAUGAUAGUGAAAUAUCUGACAUUAUUGAAAUGGAAAUACAAGAACAGCAACCAAGAUGGAGGCGUAAGGCACCUGGAUUUAGGGUAAAUAAGAGAUUGAAACGACUUCGUUUGAACCAACGCUUAAGGAAGACUUUACAACCAAAGAAUGCAAUCAUGGUACUAAAUGAAAUGAAGGCUGGAGUACAAUUUACAUUUCCUGAAACACAAGGAAUGCCAAACUCUCUUUAUCUUGUUCAUGCAGAGCUUGAUGGUAAAACUUAUGUUGGACAAGGGUUGUCUAAGCCACUUGCUCGACAAAAUGCUGCUGAAAAUGCAUUGAAAGCCUUACUGCUUGAAAAAAUGACGGCAGCGUCAUUGAAAGCACGUAUUGAUGCCGAAACAGAUGGACAAACAAAUCAACCUACAGAAACAGCUCCUGUUCCAUUGAAAGAAGAACCUAGCGAAGAAGGUGUAACACCAAUGGAUACUAGUCCUGAAGAAAGUGAUGAAAUUCCAUGGAGUUCUUUGGCUAGUUUCGCAUUGUAUAAACUCUUCCUUGAAUGGCACAAUCAAGGAACAUCGGUUCCUGUCCCAAGGCCAGGAUUACCAUCACCUAUUAAGGGAAUUAAAAAAGAGAUCUCUGCUCAGGCUCCAAAAGUUCCAGUCCAAAAAGAACUUCCCCCAAAUGCUACAAACAUACAUCCUGUUAUGUUAUUGAAUCAAAUGAGACCAGGUUUAACAUAUGUAGAGCUAAAUCGUGUUGGUAAUCCUCCUAACACAAUGUUCACUCUUGCUGUAGAAAUUGAUGGCGUUGAAUAUACUGGAACAGCAAGAAAUAAAAAGGAUGCCAAGAAGAUAGCAGCAAAAUGUGCACUUUUGGCCUUAUAUGAUUUAUGCUACCCAGAUGAUAAAGUAACAAUUGAAGAUCAAUCAAUGGCUUAAAUAUCCACAACAAUAUACAAACAUAAUUAACGUUUGUAAUCACGAAAAUUGUAAUACUAUAACAUGAAUAUAUGUUUCAAUUUUAUUACUUCAAUUUAUAAUUAUAUGAAUUACUGCAUAUCGCGGUAAUGAUUCUAAAAAUUGUACAUCUUGCAAUAAUUAUAUAAGAAUUUCCCAACUUAUAUUUAUAAACAUAUAAAAUUCAUCUGUAUGUACACAAUUAUGUAUGCUACUUAAAUAUCUGUUAUAUUAUAAAAGGCAUAUAAAAGUAUUCUUUCAAACAAAAUGAAUUCGUUCAAUGUUAUGAUAUAAAUAGACAAUUUCCUAAAUAAUAUGACACAGAUAUCCUAUCAAAAUAAUCAUUGUAUUUCUUUUAUUGAAACAAUGUAUGUUUUUAUAUAUGUAUUUCAUUUGUAUCUACAAUAAAGUGACAUCUUAGUAUUGACCAUUAUA